GGGAAGCUGCUUUUGCUGAAGGGUCGUGGGCGGGUGGAUGCUUUUCAUUCCCCCCCCUUCUCCUGUUUCCAGAGAGGGGAGUUUCGUGUGUGUGUGUGUGUGUGUGUGUUUGGGUGUGGGUGCGCGCGCGCGUUUUUUUUUUUGUUAUUUUGUUUGUCGCGCCUGUCUUUCCCAGCGCCUGGCUUGAGCUCUGCGUGGCCUCGUUUCGCCUCCAGUGAUGCGCCCAGGCCAAGAGACAUCUCCACGUUGAGCUCUCCCGGCUGGCCAGAGGGAAGGAGGCGAUUAACGGCUAGCGGCCUGCGGGUGGGUCUAUCUGGGCAGCAGAAGGAGCUGAGGCAGGAGCGGGUGGCCUCCGGACCAGCAGGAUGUACACGGCCGGACUGGCCCCCUUUUAUGCUUCGAACUUCAGUCUGUGGUCAGCGGCGUAUUGUACCCCGGCGGGCCCCGGCGCUGGCGGCUGUUUCUCCUUGGAUCCCUCGGGGCUCAAGAAGCCGUCUUUCUGCAUCGCGGACAUUUUACACGCCGCCGCAGGAGAAGCCUCAGUCGAUGGUCUGCCCGGAGGAGCCUCGGCUAAUCUGGCCUCCCAUUUAGGGGGAAUCCAUGCCCAUGCACAGUUCCACGCCGCCUCUUCUCCGCUCAGACCUACCCCCAUGGUGGCCCCGGACACAUCAGUCGCCUUCGCCACUAGGCUGUCACCUCUCUCGGCUACCUACCACCACUCUCAUCCUCAGCACCAGCGCUCUCCCACAGGGGGCUCCAGCGGAGGUGCACGAACCCCGGGCGGAGGGCAAAGCCUCCAGACUCACCCUGGCUCUGCCGCCGCUCCCUCUAGCAAAGACUUGAAAUUUGGGAUUGAUCGCAUUUUGUCUGCCGAGUUCGACCCAAAACUCAAGGAGAGCAACACGCUGAGAGAUCUGACCUCUUUAUUAACUGCCAGCCGCCCAAGCGGGGUUCAUGUCCCCACCUUACAGCCUCCCGCCGGCCAGUUCUUCACGCCUCUAGAACCCAUUAACGAGGCCUCCGGGGUCCUGGGACCCUUAAACACCACCCCAAGGAAUUCCGUUCAGCACCAGUUUCAAGACACUUUUCCAGGUCCGUAUGCGGUGCUUACGAAAGACACGCUGCCUCAGACCUACAAACGGAAACGCUCGUGGUCCCGGGCUGUUUUUUCUAAUCUCCAAAGAAAAGGAUUGGAGAAACGCUUUGAAAUCCAGAAAUAUGUCACCAAACCGGACAGAAAACAAUUGGCCGCCAUGUUAGGGCUCACGGAUGCUCAAGUGAAAGUCUGGUUCCAGAACCGGCGCAUGAAGUGGAGGCACUCCAAAGAGGCGCAGGCGCAGAAAGACAAAGAGAAGGAGCCGGCGGCGAAGGCGGCUGCAGGUGGGGCGGGUCUGGGGCCCGGGCCGGCGGGCGAAGGUGAGCUCGAGCACAGCCCGAGCCGCUCGGAAGGCGAGAGUGACAGCAGCGAGGCAGAAUCCCUGGAUCUGGAGCUCGGCAGCGACGCGGAACGGACUGAGCCGGGAGCCGCCCCUGAGCAGGCCUUGCAGCGGCACAGCUCGGAGCUGCACCCACCCGCGGGCUUGGAGACCGCAGCUCACUCCGAGCCGCCGCCUCCUCUCCCCGGCCUGGAGCAAGGCCGCGAGCCUCUGCGGUGCCCCGAGUCCUCGUUCUGCCUGCGGGACUCUCCGUGAUUGCCUCCCCUCAGCCAAGCUGGGAAGCUGCCAAGAGUCCCAGCUUCGAGGGCUCAGCCUAGCAGAGGCCUCUGGAUGCGGGAUACUAACCCCUGGUGUGGGCGGAGCGCUCCAGAACGGGUUCCGCGGGAAUUGACUUUGAACAGCGGGGGGAACUGGGCUGCCAGUCUCUCCUUACCGAUGGGAUAGGAGACGGCGCGCCCUGGACCGGGUCCGUUCAGGUAGGCAGGCAGGAAAGUUGGGCGCCUUCACGCCGGAAUGCCCCCGGCGCCCGUGGCCGCGAAGGUUUCUGGUUCGAGUAGCUCAGCAAAGGCCAAGGAAAAACUCAGCUUUUGCGGCCCUCGAUCCUCGUUUGGCUCCUUCGCCCGUUCGCGGCAAGAAGCAGGCCUGCCCACCCGAGCCCUUGGCAAACGGUUGCUUCCUGGUCUCGGGCCACGAGAGAAGGCGCUGGGAGAGACCACAGACGUGGAAGGAGAUGGAGAAAAGUGGACUGUAAAUAAAGGGUUUCUUACAUUUCAACGGGCAUUUUUGUUCCUGGCAAAAGUAGCCUAGUUGCCCUAACGGUCCGGCGGCAGGGUUGUCGCUCCUUACCUGCCCCACCUGAGUAUCGAUUCAUUUUCUCCUCAAAUCGCCAAGCCAACGAACUGCUCUGUGUUCCACACAGGAUGGUGUGUAAUUACUGCUUUGAAGAGAGAUAAGGGUAGGCAGUUUGUUCCAAACCUUUUUCUGAACUAAGAAAUCCAAAGAUGGUAGGAUAGGAAGGCAGCCCCUUCCCUUUGCAGGAUUCUAAAGUUCCCCUUCUAUUUCUAUUAAAAAGCAAGGGAUCUCAUAUUGGGCUCUGUCAUUCAUUUCUUCAGUAAAAUUAAUGGCUUGGUGAUAAAAGAGUCAAUUUUAUGUGAGAUGGGCGGCUUUAUAAAUAUGACAAAUACAUAAUACAGUAAAAUAA